UCUCUCUCUCCUUCCGAUUUUCCUUCGGCUUUAUCGAGAAAAUCUAGCUCCGAUAAAAAUCUUGGCCUCACUCAACAACUACUACACACAUACAUAUAUAUAUAUAUACACUUAUAUUUAUGGAUCGGAGGAGGCCUGCGAGUCCGGUGUACGCGAGGCAGUGGAGCGGGGGUUCGAGCAGCACGGGCUCAUCAUCGCCGGCGAUGUCUCCUGCGCACCCGAACUCGCGGCUGGGGCCCACUGGCUUCUCCACUGUCAAGCGCACCCAAAACGCCGCCGCUAAGGUCGCGGCGCAGCGCCUGGCUAAGGUCAUGGCGUCGCAGACCACCACUGCUGACGACGACGAGGAAGACGAUCUCGAGUUCAGAUUCGGAGCCGGGCCUCCACCUGUACCCUCAUCUCACUCCAGCGCCAACAGUAAUAGUAAUAUUGCUACUUCUUUUCCUGCGAUUUCGGUAGCUCGGCCUAAUCGAUCUCCGUCACCUGCGUUAGGUCGGAACAUAAUAGAGCAUGUUCCUUCGGUUCGUUCGACAUCGACCGGAAGACCAUCAAUGUCAGUUCGUUCUACGAACUUGGUGCCACCCAGCAGAUCCUCACUUAGAACUCCGAUGACUAUACCUCCGAUCGAUACUCCUACUAGUAGGAACAGAGAGAAAAGGUUUAUGCCAGAGAUUGGACAACUCAACUUAAAAGAUAAAGGAGAUCAGCGUGAAGCUUCUGCAAUUCGUGAUGAACUUGAUAUGCUACAAGAAGAAAAUGAGGAUAUAAUCAACAAGCUUAGACUUGCAGAAGAAAGACGUGAGCAAGCAGAGGCCAGAGCUAGGGAGCUUGAGAAACAGGUUGCUACUCUUGGAGAGGGUGUGUCCCUUGAAGUCAAAUUGUUGAAAAAGAAGGAAGAAAUUUUGCGUCAAAGAGAGGCUGCUCUAAAGGCUGCAAAACAAACCAAGGAUGGGAGGGAUGAUGAGAUUGCAGUUCUUCGUACAGAAGUUGAGAACUUAAAAGAUGAUGCUGCAACAGCUCUGGAACACAUUCGAGAAGCAGAAUCUGAAGCAAAGGCUCUUCGGACAAUGACACAGAGAAUGAUUUUGACUCAGGAAGAGAUGGAGGAGGUGGUUCUUAAGAGGUGUUGGCUUGCUCGCUACUGGGGUUUAGCUGUACAGCAUGGCAUAUGUGCAGAUAUAGCAGCGUCAAAGCAUGAACAUUGGUCGUCUUUAGCCCCUCUACCAUUUGAAGUUGUCAUUUCUGCUGGACAAAAGGCCAAGGAGGAAUCAUUGCAUAGAGGUGGCAAUGAUCCAGACAGGAGCAAGCCUGUCAGGGAUAUUAGUGAUCUCACAGGAGAAGGAAAUAUAGAGAGUAUGCUUUCAGUUGAAAUGGGCUUGAGGGAACUGGCAUCUCUAAAGGUUGAGGAUGCAGUUGUGCUAGCCUUGGCCCAACACAGGCGUCCGAAUUUGGUUCGGCAGUCCGCUUUAGAUUCCAAAUCACCUGGUGAUCCUAAGUUUAUGGAGGCGUAUGAAUUAAGUGAAGAGGAGGCAGAAGAUGUUCUUUUCAAAGCGGCUUGGCUGACUUACUUUUGGAGAAGAGCUAAGGUACAUGGUGUCGAAGAGGAUAUAGCAGAAGAGCGGCUUCAGUUAUGGAUCAGCCGUAGUGGGCAAUCACCCACUUCACAUGAUGCUGUGGAUGUGGAACGAGGUUUAUUGGAGCUGAGAAAGCUUGGGAUAGAACAGCAACUUUGGGAAGCAUCCCGGAAGGAAAUCGAUCAGCCUCCUUCUUCUGAAGCUGCUAAUCACAAUCCCAAUGCAGAUUCGGAUACCUCAUGAAGGAUUGCACCUUAGAUAUAUUGAUUUUGUCAAAAUUUUCUGUAUUUUUUUAUUUUUAUUAUUAUUAUUAUUAUUAUUAUUAUUAUUAUUAUUAUUAUUUUCCACAUGUGGUUUUCAUCCA